GUCGACUGGGACAGUGGAAGUUGCGUCGUGCCUGGUUUGAACACUUUGGUAAACAAAAUGGAUAGCAACUAUCUGCAGUUCAGAGGUCCUAUUUCCGAUAGUCAGGUGAUAGGUCGCAUAAGUUUUUGUUGCUCUCUGAGGUUUUGCGUUUGUUGAUAUUGCAGCGCGGGAAUUUUAUUUGUUGAGGAAUUUUGAGAAAUUGUUACUUGUGUUAAACUUAUAUUUUUUGGUGACUGUUUUUUUUUUUAUGUCAAGUUGACCAAUGGAUACCAUCAAUCAGAGUAUCAUAGUCCAUGUGGCGGAGUAUAUUAAAGAUCGCCUUUAUUUUACUACUAUUCAAGAAAAGAAAAGACCUAAAAUAUCAGUUACCCAUCACUACUUUUGCACGGAUGAAGAAUUGGUAUAUAAUAGUUUUUAUGCUGACUUUGGCCCACUGAACCUGGCGAUGCUCUAUCGUUAUUAUUGUAAAGUGAAUAAGAAAUUAAAAUCGAGAAGCCUUGCGAAGAAGAAAAUUGUUCAUUACACCACAACCCACGGUGAAAAACGAGUAAAUGCAGCUUUUCUCAUUGGAUCAUACAUGAUUAUACAGCAUGGUAAAUCACCUGAAGAAGCAUACAGACCUCUCAUCUUUGGGGGAAGUCCUCCAUUCCUUUCAUUUAGAGAUGCAUCCGUUGGGCCUUCCACUUAUCAUUUAGGGCUUUUAGAUUGUUUUCGUGCUGUUAAAAAGGCCCUUAUAAAUGGUUUCUUCAAUUUUGAGAAUUUUGAUUUAGAGGAGUACGAGUAUUAUGAACGUGUUGAAUCUGGUGAUUUAAGCUGGAUAGUGCCAAAUAAAUUCAUUGCCUUUUGUGGACCUCAUCCUAAAAGUAAAAUAGAAAACGGUUAUCCAUUACAUUCUCCUGAAUCAUACAUUCCAUAUUUCCGCAAGCACAAUGUUUCCACUAUAGUGAGACUUAAUAAAAAGAUUUAUGAUGCCAAGCGAUUUAUAGAAAAUGGUUUUGACCAUAGAGACUUAUUUUUUAUUGAUGGUAGCACACCGAGUGAUACGAUCAUGAGAGAAUUUCUAGAAAUUGCUGAAAAAGCAAAAGGUGCCAUUGCAGUUCAUUGUAAAGCUGGCUUAGGUCGAACAGGAACUUUGAUAGCUUGUUACAUUAUGAAACAUUACAGAUUUACUGCUGCAGAAGCAAUUGCUUGGAUUAGAAUCUGCAGACCUGGGUCUAUUAUUGGACACCAACAACUAUGGCUGGAACAGAAACAGUCUUAUUUAUGGCUACAAGGGGAUAUAUAUCGUUUGAGAAAAUCACAUUAUGGAAAUAUAAAGAAGAAACCUAUAGAAAGCAAACCUAAAGAAGCCAAAUCACCUGCCAGAUCUAGUCUAGCAAUUCCUCGUGAGAGACUUCAAAAUAAUACUCUUAAAUCUCCUGGCAAGAAUUGUCUAACUACUCGAAAUAGUUUAGAAGCCUUAGACAAUGAUAUUGAUGGAAUUGAGGAUGUGAAAAAAGAGAAACACACAAUGAAUGGUGAUCUUGAUAAAGAAUUUCACUGUACACAAGGUGAUAAGUUGAAUCUCAUCAAAGCUAAUCGAAGACAUCCUCGAUCCAUUACCACUGGAACAUUACACUUAGAAGAAAUGCGUGCUUUGAAGCGAACAACUUCUCAACCUCUCAGGCCUUUACCUCCAAGUGGAGCUGAAAUGGCCUCCACGUAUCUGUCUCCAUCAAAACCUAUCAGGGAGUGUUCAAAAGUUUUACAAACACCUAGUCCAUUAAAUUCACCUUCUCAUAGUCGAAAAUUAAAUCAGAAACAAAAUGCUCCUACUGCUGCUAGUAAAAGACAUCGAGCAUGCUGUAUUCUUGAGCCGAUUCAACGUCCUCCUGUGAUCCGCAAGAAAAGGCAUGCACCUUCCAAGCCAACUGUACUUUGGGACCCUAGUAGAAGCUAUCUCUCUAGUCUCCAAGCUCCUCUCUAUCACCUCAGGCCUCUUAUCUUUCCUUCGGAACUGCGUACAAAUGCUGUGAAACACAGCUCUGUACUAGAUCCUCUCUACUACCCAUCUUUUAUAUCUCGAUACCCACCUUCCAUUCUCUCAUUAAAGAAUUCAUCUUCACCUUUAAACAAACCAUCUAUGCCCAGGUGAUCAGUGUUCAAGGACUGUAAUGAAAUUCUUCGACAUUUUAUAUGCUGGCAUAUUGUCUUUCUGUAACAAUGUACAGGUGAUUGUUGGAUGUUAUUUGAGAUUUAUUUCUGUUUUUAGUAUUAUUAUUAUCUGCUUUAUGUGCCUUUUAAAAAUGUAUUCAUUUUACAUUAUAUUGAUACAGUACGAGUCAUUUCGUAUGAUGUUCUGACAUAUUUUGUUUUAUGUUAUUCAGCCUUCCCUUCUAAUAUAAGAAAGAAGGUAGUAAUAAUAGCAAAAUAAACAAAUACAUAAGCUCCAGUACUUGAUCCUAGAAAUUAUCUUGCUUGGCAUUUGCUAUAGAUAUGAAAUUAAGUUUCCCAUGAUGUUUUUGUCUGUAUACAAUUUUAAAUUCUGUGCAAAAUUAAAUCAAUUUCCGUGUCACUAUAAUUUUCAAUGAUUGUUUUAUGAAAGUGAAAUAAAUGUAGUCAGACUUAAUAAUUAAAGAUACUGAAAUUUAAAAGUUUAUCAAUUUUUUUUCUAAAUAAUAAGUUUAUAAUAUUCAAAAUGUAUCUUAUGAAGCAAACCACAUGCAUUUAUGGUGCUAUUUAAUUCAGUGCAUAACAUACUUUUAAGAUGUAAGAUGCUUUGUCUUUUGAUUGUAUAUUUUAAAUAAGUGCUAUUUUUAUGAAUUAACUUUGGAUUUUGGUUCGUUAUUGUAUUCACAUAAUUGUUAGCUUUAAAUGUAGAAUUAUUUUUCUAAAAAAAUAAACCUAUAUUUUAAUUUAUCAGUGCAAUUGGAAACAAUGUUGUAAUUAAUAAUUUGACUAAAAUUAUUUAUAUAUAAGCCCAUGAGAAUGUAACAAACAAUGUUAUCUGAAAAAGAGAAAUUUAUAAAAAUAUUAAUAUACAUAGGUUUUUAAAAAAGAAAAAAAAUUGAGGAAUUCUUGAACAUAGUCGAUUGUAAUCAUGUGUACUUCAAUCUAGUUUUUGUAUUUUAAUUAAUAAAUCAUAUUAAAAAUAUUUUUAUGUUUUUAUUUAUAAAUCAUUUUAUUGGAGUGGGGGAUAAAAUCCCUUGAAACAGAAUCAGUUGCUUAGAAACUUCAAAAUAUGUUAUCAAGCAUUUAAUAUCAAUCCAAUCCAAAUUUACUACCCAAAGUUUACAUGAUAUUAUGAAUUGCGAAUUAGUAUUCUUGAAAUUAUAUUUCAUUUGCAGGGUCUUCGUAGAAACUACAAAAGAUAUUACUGCAUAUAAACAUAUAUAAUACAUAUAGUUUGCCCCUUCACAUAGUUUUAACAAAAAGCAUUUUAUUUAUGUAUGAUUUCAGUGUAAAUUUGUAAGAAUAAAUUUGCAAUUGUUUUUAGAUUGAACAAGAUUGUUUUGUCUGUUUGAAGAUGCAUGUUAUCUUUUCAGUAUUAAUGAAGAGAAAGUAUACAUUUGAUUUUUUUAAAUGUAAUUGUUGAUACUUCAUUGAAAGUGUAGUUUUCAUAAGAAACGAUCAAGUUUAAAAAUUUACUAAUGAUCACCUUUAUUUAGUGUUUCUUUAGUUUGCAAAUAAUUUAGAUUUUAGAAGAAUUUGUUUUAAAACUAUACUACAUUUCCAAACUUAACGUUUUUUUUUGUGUGUGUGCAAUGUCAUGCGUCUAAUUUAGUUUUGUACAGGAAUCCUUUGAUUAAUUUAAUAAACAUAAGAAAAAAGAUUUAACUAAUUAUAUUUCUUAUUAAAUAGAUAGUUAAUUUUUCUAAUAGCUGAUAUAAUGUUAAAUAAAAAUUUUAUUUUUCUUCUUUGAAGUUAAAUUUGCCUCUCUAUAAUUGGAUUUACCUUCUUGUUUUUUAUUUAAGAACAUGUAUAACUUUUUGAACUGUGCUAUUUAAAUUUCAUAUAAGAACUUUACAGCCACAAGUUUUUAUGCUUUAGUCUAAACUAUAUAUAUUAGGAACACCUAUAUAACUUUUAAGUUAAAUUUAUUUUUAUAAUUUUACAUAUAUGACCUUGGUACUGAGUGAUAUAUCAGGUGUCUACAUGUUUGAAGAUUAUGUAUGUGAUGAUUCUAUGUCUGUGCUUUAAUUGCAUGAACAAAAUGGAGCUUUUGAUGUUACAUUUUAGAGAAGUCUAAUUAUGUUGCAUGUGUUUGCUUUUAGUAAAGGUAUUGUUAGAUUGAAUGGCAGAUUUUUGACUUGGCAGCCUCAGCAGUUGCUUGUGGAUGCUAAAUUGAGGAGGGCCAUAGGCAGCUUGAUUAAAAAUAUAUUAACCUGAUUAUAUAUUAAAAAUUUCUAUUUGCUUAGUUAACCUUCUUAUAGCUAGUACAAAUAGUCAAAACAUCAUCUGUGUGAACAAAUAUUAUGCCUCAUAGUCAAGAAUAAAAAAAAUCACUAUUAUUUUGUUAACAAUAAUGUUAAACUAAAUUGUAUACUGCCUAAGGCCAUCGAAUAUCUAUAUCUGCCACUGGUUAGAAUUAAUAGUUGUAUUUUAAUUGUAAAUGAAUAUACUUCGGUGCUGUAAAGCAUUUCCAUGAAGUGCUAUUAUAGACAUUCUCAAUUUUGUACUUUUCUGUAUGUGUCUUUUAAAUUCAGAUUUAAUAUUAGUCUUGUAGAGGCUACAGUUGAUUCCUAAUUAUCAAUUUGUAUCGAAAAAUCAUGAAUGAGUGGCUUCCAUAUAUGUUAGACAAUCAUUUGUAUUUCUGAUACUUUUCAUGUUAUGCAUGGAAAUUUCGAAAUUCUUAACAAUUAUUGAUUGAUAUUUUUUUAUUGAAUCACUGAUAUUUCAGAAAUGAUAAGUAUACAACACCCAAAAUUUCAUAGCCAUAAAAGGAAGAAAUUUCGGAAAGAUUUCAUGUGAUAUUUUUUUGUUAAUAAUUUGUCUUCUGUUUAUGUGAAAUAUUAAAAGAAAUUUCUUAAGUUCUUUAAUACUAUUUCAGGAAGGAAGUAAUGAAUUAUCUCAUCCGUUGUUAAGUAUCAUUCUAAUACAAAUGAAUGCUAUAAUUCUGUUAUUGUUUUCUGGUAAAAUGGUUAAUGCUGUUAACAAAUGUUUUAUUAUAUGGUUACAUUUGGAAUGGAAUUUUAAUGCAUAUUUUCAUUAAAUAGAUUUAUUUGAUUA